AUGGAUUUCGUGGUUGGUCUUCCGAAAACGUUAGAGAAGUUUGAUCCUUUCUGGGUUAUUGUUGAAAGGUUGACUAAGUCUGCCCAUUUCAUUCCAGUGCAGAUAACUUAUGACGCGAAGAAAUUGGCCAAGAUCUACAUUCGUGAGUUAGAUGAGAACGUGACAUAUGAGGAAGAGCUUGUUGCUAUCUUAGAUAGGGAUGUUCGCAAAUUGAGGUCCAAGAAAAUAGCUUCCGUGAAAGUUCAGUGGAAGAAUCGCCCGGUGGAGGAAGCAACUUGGGAAAAAGAAUCGGAUAUGCGUAGCCAGUAUCCUCAGCUUUUCUCCGAGUCAGUAAUGCCGCCGAAGAGAAAGGCUACGGCAGCCGAGAAGGGCAAGAGGGUGCCCGGUAGUAGGAUCGAGCGGGAGCUAGAAGAAGGAGAGUCUCAUAAUGCAGCUCCCCCUCAGACUGCUCCUAUCCCCCCUGCACCGGCAGAGCAGGGAAGAGCUCCAGCUCCAGUCCCACCACCAGCAGCUCCGGGCCAGCAGAUGGCAGAGGCCAUCCAGCUAUUGACCCAGUUAGUUGCCGCACAGGCUCAGCGACAAGAUGUGGACCCGGGAGACAGGGCGGUAAGCGCAAGGGCUCGCGACUUUAUCACUUUGAGGCCUCCAGAGUUUUAUGGAUCAAAGCCAGAGGAGGACCCGCAGAACUUUAUAGAUGAGAUGCUGCGGACUCUGAGGAUUAUACAUGCUUCUGACACAGAGUCCGUAGAGUUGGCUUCAUACAGGCUGCGGGAUGUGGCAGUCCUAUGGUACAGCAGUUGGAUAUCCUCGAGGGGAGCAAAUGCACCCCCUCCGGUUUGGCAGGAGUUCACUGAGGCUUUCCUACGACAUUUCCUACCGCCAGAGGUUCGACGGGCUCGAGCCGAUAUGUUCCUGAACCUUAGACAGGGAAAUAUGAGUGUUCGGGAAUACAGUCUUCGUUUCAACUCACUGGCCAGAUAUGCCCCAGCUAUGAUAGCAGAUAGGGGAGAUCAUGUGCACCGUUUCGUGAGUGGGCUAGGGCCACAUUUGGUUAAAGAAUGCUUGACGGCCUCACUCCAGGACGGGAUGACUAUUACCCGUAUCCAGGCCCACGCCCAAAAUCUGGAGGAGCAAUAUCAGCCGCGGAGAGAAGAGCGCUAUCCAGACAGGGGUUCCCGAAAGAGAGGCAGGUUUUCCAGGACCAGAAGUGAGUAUAGAGGGGGACAGACACAGGGGCAAUUCGGGUACUCAGACCAGCCGGUAGCCAGUGCACCUCCUCGAGUUGCAGAUAGGGGAUUUGACCGUCCUACGGAUUCGGGGGCAGGGCAGAGCACCAGAGCUCCGGGAUACCAGUAUAGAGAUGAUUCCAGUAGAAUGAUGCCACCCCCGCCACGGUGUACUCGGUGUGGCAGGCCACACUCAGGACAGUGUUACCGGGAUACAGGUGCGUGCUAUGCUUGUGGACGGGCCGACCAUUUGAUGCGAGAUUGUCCGCUACGGAAUGAGGGGGGCAGAACUCAGCCAGCCGGAUCAGCGAUCGGUUCAUCGUCAACCGUGCGCCCUCGUGGACAGAUUUCUCAGGCCCCAACGGGCCGCGGCCGAGGUAGAGGAGGGGCACCUAGUUUAGCCGGUCCUCCACACCGUAUAUAUGCACUGACAGGACGACAGGACCCUGAGCCUCCCGCGGACGCGGCCACAGGUCAGCAGACAGGUGGACGCGAUCUUUAGGAGCUUACCAGCAGUACCCCACAGUGCUCCAGUUGUUCCGGAGCUUUAUCUCAGCGGUACUAUUCUGUAUAUGUAUAUUCGGGCACGAUAGUACUCGGCCCUUUCUAUGUAUAAGUAUACUAUGUCUAGAGGCUCGUAGACAGAUAUG